AUGUAUCUGGACAUGGACUUGAGAGCUGGCGUCGACGGCUGGGCGAUGGGCCCUGAUGCCUAUUUGCUUGCACGCGCCCACGGUCGGCACGCCGCCGCCGCUGCCCACACCGGCCGGCUCACCAGCGCGCGAGCGAGUGAGAGCUCGUCCUGCCACGUUGUGCACGAACGGGUGGAGGUGUCCUUGCUGAGUUCGCCCAAGUGUACCAGGAGUAAACAGCCCUCGGUGGCGGAGGCAUCGGGCGGUGCUGACGGCACGACUUCGCUGCUCCGUGCACGUCUUGCGCCUGCGAUGGGACCUAGUAGGUGUAGUGGCAGUGACAGCGACAGCCAGGCCAGUGGAAUCAUGAUGGUGUACUACCCUGCCUGCCGUCGAGGAUGUGGUUACUACACCCUUUUCUCUACUAAAAACAGAUCUUUGCGCUACUGCCCGAGAAUAUCUCUCUCCAUCCGUGCGCCGCAAGCCGUCGUUGGCCAGUACGCGAACGGCGCAGUGCCCACGCAUGCAGUCGCCAGAACCAGCAGGUAG